AUGAAAGGUCAACUAGAUUCAACUUUACAUUUGACAUCUUAUCUUUUGAAUCCGUAUUACCAUUAUAAUGAUGCACAACUCCAAUUUGAUCCCGAUGUAAUGGAUGCGGUUCUUGAUUUUUUUGAUACAUUAUUUCUUGGAGAUUUAGAGAUACAAAGGCAAUUCGUAACUAUUGACUUGCCAAAGUACAAGAAGAAGGUUGAUAGAUUUGGCUCCGAUCUUGCAAUUAAACAUUGUAAGGUGAAUGAUGCCGACAUUGAUCUGGACGAAGUAGACCCCAAAACGGUUGAUGAAACUCUUGAAACCGAUGUUAGUCAAGCACCCCGCGAAAGUCCAAAAACGAGCGAACUUUUUGAUGAAGAUUUCGAGUCCGAGAGUGAGGAUCAAGUGUUAGAAGAAUACGAAUAUGAGUCGGAUGGGGUUCAAAUAAUGGAAGUAUGUGGUGAAGAUUAG